CCAGAACCGGCGUUGAGGCGGGGGCCCCCGGGGCCGGAGCGCGGCCGCCAUGGACAAGAUCCUGGAGGCGGUGGUGACGUCGUCCUACCCGGCCAGCGUGAAGCAGGGGCUGGUGCGGCGCGUGCUGGAGGCGGCGCGGCAGCCGCUGGAGCGGGACCAGUGCCUGGCGCUGCUGGCGCUGGGCGCGCGCCUCUACGUGGGCGGCGCGGAGGAGCUGCCCCGCCGCGUGGGCUGCCAGCUGCUGCACGUGGCGGGCCGCCACCACCCCGAGGUCUUCGCCGAGUUCUUCAGCGCGCGCCGGGUGCUGCGGCUGCUGCAGGGUGGCGCCGGGCCGCCGGGCCCCCGCGCGCUGGCUUGCGUGCAGCUCGGCUUGCAGCUGCUGCCCGAGGGGCCGGCGGCCGACGAGGUGUGCGCCCUGCUGCGGCGCGAGGUGCUGCGCACCGUGUGCGAGCGCCCGGGGCCCGCCGCCUGCGCGCAGGUGGCUCGGCUGCUGGCGCGGCAUCCGCGCUGCGUGCCCGACGGCCCGCACCGCCUGCUCUUCUGCCAGCAGCUGGUGCGCUGCCUCGGCCGCUUCCGCUGCCCCGCGGAGGGCGAGGAGGGCGCCGUCGAGUUCCUGGAGCAGGCCCAGCAGGUGAGCGCGCUCCUGGCGCAGCUGUGGCGGUCGCAGCCCGCCACCAUCCUGCCCUGUCUCAAGGAGCUGUUCGCUGUCAUCUCCGGCACAGAAGAAGAGCCGCCGUCUAGCGCCCUGGCCAGUGUGGUGCAGCACCUCCCAUUGGAGCUCAUGGAUGGUGUUGUCCGGAACCUCAGUAAUGAUGACAGUGUGACGGAUGCCCAGAUGUUGACCGCCAUCAGCAGAAUGAUCGACUGGGUGUCCUGGCCCCUGGGGAAGAACAUUGACAAGUGGAUCAUCGCACUGCUGAAGGGCCUCGCUGCUGUUAAGAAGUUCAGCAUCUUGAUCGAGGUUUCACUUGCCAAAAUUGAAAAGGUUUUCUCCAAGCUUCUAUACCCCAUUGUCCGGGGAGCCGCCUUGUCUGUCCUCAAGUACAUGCUCCUAACCUUCCAACACUCCCACGAGGCCUUCCACCUGCUUCUCCCUCACAUCCCCCCCAUGGUGGCCUCUCUGCUCAAGGAGGAUUCCAACUCAGGGACCAGUUGCCUGGAGCAGCUGGCGGAACUGGUGCACUGCAUGGUGUUCCGUUUCCCAGGCUUUCCAGACCUGUAUGAGCCAGUCAUGGAGGCUAUAAAGGACCUCCAUGUUCCCAAUGAGGACCGUAUCAAGCAACUGCUGGGACAGGAUGCCUGGACUUCACAGAAGAGUGAACUGGCUGGUUUCUAUCCCCGACUCAUGGCCAAGUCAGACACGGGGAAGAUUGGUUUAAUCAAUCUGGGCAACACAUGCUAUGUGAAUAGCAUCCUUCAGGCCUUGUUUAUGGCUUCUGACUUCAGACACUGUGUGCUCCGUUUGACUGAGAACAACUCGCAGCCCUUGAUGACUAAGCUGCAGUGGCUUUUCGCCUUCCUGGAGCACAGCCAGCGGCCUGCCAUUUCUCCAGAGAACUUCCUCUCGGCAUCCUGGACACCCUGGUUCAGCCCUGGCACCCAGCAGGACUGCUCGGAGUACCUUAAGUACCUGCUGGAUCGGCUGCACGAGGAGGAGAAGACCGGGACCAGGAUCUGCCAAAAGCUCAAGCAGUCCCGCUCGCCCUCCCCGCCCGAGGAGCCCCCGCGCCCCACGUCGACCUCGGUGGAGAAGAUGUUUGGGGGCAAGAUAGUGACCCGGAUCUGCUGUCUGCGCUGCCUCAACGUCUCCUCCCGGGAGGAGGACUUCACGGACCUCUCCCUCGCCUUUCCCCCGCCCGAGCGCUGCCGUCGGCGCCGCCUGGGCUCCGUGAUGCUCCCUCCCGAGGACGUGGGCAGCCCAGACCCCCGGGCCCAGGCCCCAGGCAGGGCGGGUCCCCAGCGCCAGAGAAAACACUGCAUCGCGGUGGACACCCCGCCCCCCGUGCUGGACAUUGACCGCCCGGACGCCCAGGCGCCCGGGGCGGGGAGCAGCCUGGAGGUGGAGGUGCGCAGCGAGGAGGGCGCACGGGGGGCGCGCGCGGAGGAAGGCACGCAGGGCGAGGAGCCGUGGCCCCAGGAGGAACCCCAGGAGCCCCAGGAGAAGGGGCUGGCGGAGGAGAAGGCGGCCGAGGGCAGGAAGCGCGUGGAGGACGAAGAGGCCCCUCCGGGCCCAGGGCCCCGCAGGGCGGCCGCCCCCGCCGCCGGGGAGCCGCCGAGCGCCCCCGAGGCCUCGCGCUCCGUCCUGGACCUGGUCAACUACUUCCUGUCCCCCGAGCGGCUGACCGCCGAGAACCGCUACUACUGCGAGCCGUGCGCGUCGCUGCAGGACGCCGAGAAGGCGGUGGAGCUGAGCCGCGGGCCGCGCUACCUCAUCCUCACGCUGCUCCGCUUCGCCUUCGACCUGCGCACCAUGCGGCGCCGCAAGAUCCUGGACGACGUGGCCAUCCCGCUGCUGCUGCGCCUGCCGCUGGCCGGGGGCCGGGGCCAGGCCUACGACCUGUGCAGCGUGGUGGUGCACUCGGGCGUGUCCUCCGAGAGCGGCCACUACUACUGCUACGCGCGCGAGGGCGCCGCCCGCCCCGCCGCGGCCGCCGACAGGCCGGAGCCCGAGCACCAGUGGUACCUGUUCAACGACACCCGCGUGUCCUUCUCCUCCUUCGAGUCUGUCAGCAACGUCACCUCCUUCUUCCCCAAGGACACGGCCUACGUGCUCUUCUACAGGCAGCGGCCCAAGGAGGGGGCCGAGGGGGCCGAGCCAGGCUCUCCCAGAGUCCGGGCAGAGCCCACCCUCCACAAAGACCUGAUGGAAGCCAUCUCCAAGGACAACAUCCUUUACCUGCAGGAGCAGGAGAAGGAGGCUCGAAGCAGGGCGGCCUACAUCUCUGCACUCCCAUCUCCACACUGGGGCAGGGGCUUUGAUGAAGACAAGGAUGAGGAUGAAGGCUCUCCCGGGGGCUGCAACCCUGCAGGUGGUAAUGGUGACGACUUCCACAGACUGGUCUUCUGAUGGGAGCCCUCCCCAACCUGCUCCCAUCUGUGGGGAGGCCUUGACCCCUUCCUUCUGGGAGCUGGGUGGGGGCCAGGCCCCGAGGAGAGGUGCUCUGCUGGCAGGGGUCUGUGGGUCUGGGCUGUGAUGGCAGCCCAGUCCUGAAGGCAGGCCCUUCCAAAGGCAAGAAAGGUGGAGAGGGAGCUGCUGGGACAGCAGUCCUCAACCUGACGGGUGCGCGGAGGCUCAGCUAUAGAGGUGAGACCUAAGCUCUUUGCACUGGCCUUGGGCCUGGCUCUGGGAUUGGCCCCAUUAAGAUUUUACACCCAAGUGUCCUGGUCAACUUGAAGCAGCUGAGGUGGACACGCGCUGGGCCCUGCCCCCCGCCCCCAGCAGGUUGCCCGCACUGGAGUGUUGAUCUGCUUAGGACCCAGGAGGGCUCACGUGCACCGCUCUAGUGUUUUGCCAUCAAGUAGCAUUUCCUUCCAGCUCCUUUGACAAUCCUACUGCUCUAUAGCAUAAACGGCAGAGCAGGACCCUAGUCCUUGCACAAAGAAGGGGGUGCUGUGUUUCACCUCUGGCUUCCUUGUUUCUCUGAAGGGCUGCAGGGGCAAUGUGCGUGGUGCCUUUUGUGGGUACUGCAGCAUUUGGCCUGUUGACAUGAAUGUAGGUGGGAAGCAGCAGGGCACAGGGCAGAGACUCAGACAAUCUCGUCUGGUCUGUUUCCCCCACACCAAGCAACAGUGGGAGACCCUCAACCCCGGCCCCUCUCCCCCAGCCUGCCUCAGUGCCUGAGAUGCCACCAUUUGUACCCCUUUCUGGUUAAGAUAGAGGGGCCUUAUUUUUCUGCAGAUGUUUCUCAUGAAGCCAUUGUCCAUUCUGAGGGAAGCUGCUGGCUCAGCUCCUCAGCGGUGGGUCUUUAGAGCAGCGGCCUGGGGGGAGCAGAUACUGACCUCGUCGUGCCCUGACACUGCUGUAGCCCCGUCUAAAUGGAGCGUGCCAGGGCCUCACAGGAAUAAAUAUAGUUCUCGGAAGCCUUUAAAGACGUCUUUCUUCCCCGCCUCAGGGGCUGUGAUGUCCGGGUCACCCUUGCUUUCUUACUGUGUUUGGGGAAUGAGGCGAGGUCCCCUGGCCCCACUGACUUGUGCGCUAUACCCUGGGAGGUGACAGCACCUUGCAUUCAGGUGCCCUGUGAAUAAGGUGGGGGCCUGACUAGUGCUGGGACAGAAGCAGCUGCAGGUGCUGGCAGAAGGAAGCAGAGCAUUCCUGAGAAGCAAGGGAACCAUCCCUCUCUGGAAGGGCAGGCACCUAGGUGAGUCCCCUGUACAGCAUCCCAUUGGGCAGGCCCAGUCCAUCAGGAGGGGUUGGAACCCCAAUAUCUGGAGACUGUUCAGACCUCCUAAAGCCCUGGGUUUCCCAGAAAUGGCUAUAGCCGGUACCAUAUUCCUUCUGCUUUCCCUCCAAGAACCUGGGGGCUGUGGCCUCUCUGGGGCUAGGCCUAGGUGGUGCCCCGUGUUUGGGUUCAGCAUCAACCUUCGCACCGGGCCAAUCCCCAUUGGGGAACAGAGGUGGUGGGAAGGCAGAGCCCCGCCUGUAGGUGAAGGAGCUGACAGCCUCCCCUGAGGGCAGGCUGGUAGCGGCCUAAUCCAAACCCACCUCUGUACUUCCAGUCCAGCGCCUGCUAAGAAAGAUGAAUUGGCAGAUGUUGCUGCAGUUUCCAUUUUAUACAUCAGAAAUACAGACUCUGAGGUAAGGAGGAUUCAUUCUUGUUCCCGGCCAAGAAAAUUACCUGAUUCUUUUCUGUUACAAUGAAGGUGGAACAGGCUGGCAGCCCAACCUUCCUGGGCUUGUGAGAGAAACUAGUGUGAGCAGAUUUCUUUAGAAGUGGAAGCCUGCACAAGGGCACCCCCGUGCUGGCGCGAGUGGGCGUGUCCGUCUUCCGCAGACAAGGCAGACUCAGCAGCCCUCGCUGGUUGCUUCUAAUGGACUUUAUUGUUGUCCUGCUCCAACACCACAGUAAACAGGGCCCCGCGAGCGCCAGGCCUGCGCCGUGUGUCACCACAGCAGAAAACAGGACCCACCUAAACACGCCCCCACCCCGCCCCAGACCUACGCACAGGAUAAAUAGGUGUUACAAAUCUUGUUUUAAAGAAAACAGAAAACAGAAUAAAUUAAUAACUUAAGUGAUUAGGCACCAACAGUGAUUUGAAAAAAUUAAAUGUCAAUUUUAAAUGGCAACAGGGAAAGAGCCCAAGGCUGGGCUUCUCCUAGCCCAUUUUCUCGUCCCAACAAAUAGUGACAGUGACAGCUCCGUAUGAAAUGAUUCUAAAGUUUCAAGACGCAUUUAGCCAACACACAAGAACACAUACACCACCGAAUACCGCGUGACAGCCUCAAGCUCCAGCGGGCCCCUAGAGGCAGCCCGCUAUGGCCCCAGGCCCCAAAGAACUCGAGAAUCCCAGCACAGCAGCCCCUUAGGAGGGGCUCUAGAGCUCAGGUGGCCGGCCUUGCGCCCCCACUUUGCGGAUGAAGGCCCAGAGCGGGAAGGGUGUGAGCGUCUCCCUCCUGCCCUGAAUUCCUUUUCCAGACCCCUGGGGGGUGUGGGGGGGUGCUAGCUGGCCAUGGCUUGGGCUGAGGCCUCAGCCUCAGGGUAAAGGGCAGACUGGAGUUGAGCUCAUGCUCCAGUCACUUCAGAAUGGUUGUGCUUCGGUGCUGGGAGUGGGGGCACAGCUGAGAGGUUUCAAAUGUAGAAGUUACCGAAAUCAGCCUAGGGAGGGGACUGGGUUAAUGGGCUAAGGCUCUGGUCCCUGGCGGUCCAGACCUUUGAGAGAAAAGUCAGAGCAGAGGGCGUUCCCCCAGAGCCCCGCUAACCACCCAUCUCGGAGGCCGCCCUCUUCUCCCACUGUUCCUGUUCUAGUUGAACUCUAGCGCCGCCAGUGGAUAAGGACAGCUGCUGCUCUGGCGCGUCCCCAGAUAGGAUGAGGCCUUGUUUGAGUUAUGCUGGCUGAGAAUGAUCUCCGUUCUGAUGUGUCAGUCCUUGCCAGGGCGACAGGCGUGGUGGACUCUGACCCGCGGAUAGACCAAAGGUUUUUACACUGGUCCAGCAGGUGUGUACCGGCUCUCUGGUGAUUGGGGCUUGUGAGCACCUCUGCUUUUGACAGGCCAAGUUCCUCCUCUCCGAUGCUUCCUUUUGCUUGUCUAUCUCAGGAGCUCCAUCACGGCACACUCAGGAAACACAGGCACACAGGGAGGCCACUGGGGCUGGGAACUGAGGGUAUGGACACCUGGCCCUCCUGUAGGCUGCCGGGGGUACAGGUAUGACACCCCAUUAAAAGCUCUGCCAUAUGUGGCCCUGCCAUAUGGGACACAGGGCUGGGCAGAAUGAACCAGCAAGCCUUGCCCAGCACCUACCACCGUCCUUACACCCGUGGAGACAGGUGCAUGGCGCCAUAGCUUCCAAGUGGCCGGACCCAUCCUCUCUAAGAUUAGUUAUUCUCAAAACACAAGUCUUUCCAAGUCACGCCUCCUUCCUCCACUCCAAGGCCUGUCUCAGGGCCUUUUCCUAGAAACUGUCACUGAUCUUCACCCCUCUCUACUCUGCUGUCCAUCACCAAUGUUUUGUCUUCGUCUUCUCACUGACUGUGACCUCAAGUACAGGGACAAAGUCUGAUUCAUUCCAGUGUCUGUAGUGCCUAGCCCAGAGCCCAGCUACAGUGGCCAUUAGUUGGUGGGGGCUGGAAACUAAUACUAGGAGAAGGGCAAUUAUUGAGAAAGGAGGUCCUCCCAGAUGGGACGUCCCCGAGAAUGGUCCGGCUGCGUGUGCACGUGCUCACGGGAGCUGCAAGGUACGCAACAGCCAUUCCCAUAAACAUGGUAGAGGCUGUUUUGUGGAGGAGGAAGGUCCGUUCACCCCCGGGUAGGAUGAGACACCAGGUCAGCCCAGUUGCCUUUGAAAUCCUUGAAUUUGGUCAAGAAACUUUCAGCAUAGAAGAUUCAGAUCCCCUAGGCAGGGCAUCAAGUUGUGGUAUAAAUUGAUGCCCCAUCUCCUGCCUCUGGGUGCUCAUCUAAUAGCCUUUCAAGCUAUGGGAGGAGGGGUCUGGCCUCCCUGUAGACAGAUUUAAGUCCACUGUGGCACCUGGAAUGUGGGGGAGCAACAGAAGGCCCAGCACCAGGCCACACUCGCACCUGUCCAGGGCCCUGGCAUAAGCAGCCGGCCAUUCCCCACGUGUCCUCCUCCUUGUACUGCUUGCUUCACCCAGUGUCCAUCUGUCCUGGGAGCUGCCCUCAUCACGCCACCCUCCUGACGUAACCUAAUACUCCUUCACUUUCUGUUCCACCUGCACUUGGCACUGCCUGGGGACCCCAUCAGGUCCUCUGGACCUAUCUCCCCUCCCUGCAUCAGUGUCUCGCACCACCCAGCCUGCAGAAACUCACGUGCUGCACAAUCCCUCCUGUAGUGUCCUGUGCCUCUGCCCAGCUUGUUCCUGUACCAGGGCUGCCCCUCAGUCCCUGUAUCACCUCUGUGCUCCCUGCACCCAACUCCAUUUCUCACCCUGCACUGCUUCCCACACCUCCACCAGCCUCCCUCCCUGUGCUUACACACACACACACACACACACACACACACACACACACACACACACGUGUGGCAGGCUGCCGUGCCCAGCACGGCCCAAGCCUCCAGCCAGGUGCUCUCAGUGGGUGGGGACUUGGAAGAGGAGCACAUUCCAUCCUGGUACAGAGUGGGCCUAUAGCCCACCCCCAUCUCCUGGGCGCCAAGCCCUGCUCCUUAUUCUUGGUUGCCCAGCCUCAGUUUCCCCUUUUGUCCGCAGCCUUCUACCUCCCCCACACAACAGCUGCCCUGCCUGCUGCUUGGGCUGAGAGCAGGGGGUCACUGCAGGUACAACUGCUGUCUGCCUCUGGGGAUCUACUGCCAUUUACCCUCAAGACCACCUCUAACCUUUUAUCUUCUGGCAGCCUUGCCCCUUCCUUGCCAAGACAGAUAGGGAUGAAGAAGUUCACGUCUACUUUGGUCUGCUGGUCCUUGGCGCCCUGGGUCAGCAAGAUGACUUGGCUGGAGGAGAGGUAGCCCAGUCGCUGAAGGGAAGGAGGCUGAGGGCUGUGACCGAAUGUGAGGUUGGAAUCUGGCUCAGAGCCCCACCGCCUCCCUCCAAACAUCUGGUAGAGAUUCAGGUCUAAAGGGCAGGAAGAGGCUGAAGGAUGUUUUUUGGCAAUAGCUCUAACUAAGGUGGGUCAAGGCUUAGCCAUGACUAAUAAAACCAAAGGUGGGUCGAGUGGGGAGAGGAAGUGCCUCAAUCAGGCCCUUACCUCCCAGGGGAAGGGUUCAGGGUCCCUGAUGUCAAGUGCUUUGAAGGCCAGAGUGGCAAAGUAGAGAGGAGGAGGCUGGAGGAGGUGAUGGGGACGAGAGAGGGGUUUGGGGUGGAGGCAGCUCCAGAAACACUGCCUCCUGGCCCCUCUCCAGGCGCGGCAAGCCCCCGAGUCACAGCUUGGCGCCCUUGGAAGGCUCCGAGGACUGUCGCACAUCUGUCCACUCCUGCAUGGUGUUCUGCAGGGCCUGGGUCUUCUCCUUGUCCACUUGAACGUAGUCUACCUUCUCGUCGGAAGUGACGGAUGACGUGGAUGGCUAGGGGACAGGGUAUGUGAGCUGUCAGUAAGGUGGGGAGCAGGUGGGCUGUGCCUGCCAGUUGACUAGCUGCAGGAGCCCGUCUUCUUUCUCUGAAAGUGGUCUUAAAGCCUGACCCCCAAAUUGCACCAUCCCUCCUGUUUAAGGCAAUAGCCCCUGCCAGGCCGCCUGAUUUCUCAGCUCUUUGGAAGUCCCAGGGCCUUCCUUGGCCUGGUGGAAGGAUCCAGGCCUUCAGCUCUGUUCUCACCACCAGCCUGUGCCACUCAUCUGGGGGAAGGAAUUUUCUGGGCACAACACAGCACCAGCCAUAGGACGUCGUGUGUGUUCCUUGAGGAGCCGCCCUCCAUCAGGGAGCUCCUGGCCUGGGCAGCUAAGCAUGCUUCCUACCAAGGCUUUCGUAGGCCCAGAAAUCCCCUCUACGGGACCCCGUAUCAGACAGCGAGUUCUCAGGACCAGGGCACGGGAUUCCUGGAUCUAGCCCUGAUUCACUCAGUGACCUUGAGCAGAUCAGCUGUCUUGGUGUGUAGUCACUGGCUCCUGUGUGCAACAGGGGGAGGGACUAGCUGAAGCGCUUUGCGAUUGCGGGUGCCCUGAGAGAAGGAACGGGGUGCUCCGACUGACGCGCAGUGGACUCCUAAGAGGCCGAGUACUGCUGAUUAGUGUUGAAGGCACCCUCACCUGCAGGAUCCCACCCCAGGACUCCGAGAACCCUCAUACCCUCACCCCACCCACCCCAGGCACCUUGCGGUGGGGGCUGGGGGAACUCGGCUGGAAGUCCAAGGCCAGAUAAUCCACGUUGCCAGUGCUCUUCUUCGGGGCUGGGCUGUUCGUGCCACUGGGGAUGGGAGAUGCAGACACUGGGUUUUGCUGUCGGAGAAGGAAAAGCCAGUCAGUCAGUUUAGGAAACAGACUCACCCACCAUGAGAAAAACACACUGCUGGAAGGAAGCGCUGUUCGCUGACUGAGUCGCGCACUAUGCUAGGACUUUCCAUGUUCUCAUCCAACCCUCGCAACAAUCCUGUGAUGUAUUAUGUGUCUUUUUAAAAACAAAGGGCGGUGAAGGGCGGUGAUCGCCUGUGGUUGUACAGCUGGUGAGCAGGGAUGGGAACCAGGUGCUUUCUGACUCCCAAACCUGUGCUGCUCCUCCCUACCGUCUCGCUUCCCUUCGAAGGCAUCAGGCCCCAUCCCAGCCAGCCUCCCAGACAAACCCAGCCUCUGCUUCCCGGCCUUUAAGAUGCGAAGGCAUUUCCAGCAUGCGCGGGGCCUUGGCCGCCUCCUGCUGCACCAGGUCUGUCUCUGUGGAGCCCACCACGGUCCCCGGGGGGCCGCCGCACCCAGGCCGCUUGUUCCCGUGUGCCUGAGGGGUCCUGUCGCUACUUUGCACAAAGCCCCAGUUCCUCCAGCAGCUCUGCCAGCGACCCGCUCUAGGGUCCUGGCCCCACUCAGGUACCAAGACUACCUUGUCGAGAGUUUUCUGAAAUCUUACUCUAAAUGAGAAAGGCGGGGGACCGACUUUGUUUUUUUUU